GCAUCAGAGGUAAGACCGGAAGGAAGGAACCUGUGAGCAGGAAAGGCCAGAGCAGGUAAUCACCAGAAUGGGUGUGAAUGACUUGUGGCAAAUUUUGGAGCCUGUUAAGCAGCACCUCCACUUGCAUGAUCUUUGUGGGAAAACCAUUGCAGUUGAUCUGAGUCUCUGGGUAUGUGAAGCACAGACAGUCAAAAAAAUGAUUGGAACAGUCAUGAAGCCCCACCUCAGGAACUUAUUUUUUCGUAUCUCCUAUUUAACACUAAUGGAUGUAAAACUGGUGUUCGUUAUGGAAGGGGAGCCCCCAAAGCUGAAAGCUGAUGUCAUAAGCAGGAGGAAUCAGAUUCGGUAUGGGCCUUCGGGAAAAACAUGGUCUCAGAAAACAGGGAGAUCACAUUUUAAAUCAGUUUUAAAAGAGUGCCUUGAUAUGCUGGAAUGCUUAGGCAUUCCCUGGGUCCAAGCUGCUGGGGAAGCUGAAGCCAUGUGUGCUUAUCUUAACGCCAGUGGUUAUGUAGAUGGCUGUCUCACCAAUGAUGGGGAUGUUUUCCUCUAUGGCGCCCAGACUGUUUAUAGGAAUUUCACUAUGAAUACCAAGGAUCCACAUGUUGAUUGUUAUACAAUGUCAUCUAUCAAGAGUAAACUAGGUUUGGAUAGAGAUGCUCUGGUUGGACUAGCCGUACUACUUGGCUGUGAUUAUCUUCCGAAGGGAGUCCCUGGAGUUGGCAAAGAGCAAGCAUUAAAACUUAUACGGACUUUGAAAGGGCAAAGUUUACUUCAAAGGUUUACUCAGUGGAAUGAAGAAUCAUGCUCUGAUCCACAACCACUAGCUAUUAAAAAACUGGCCCAUUGUUCUGUGUGUUCCCAUCCAGGUUCACCUAAGGAUCAUGUACGUAAUGGAUGCAAACUCUGUAAAACUAAUCAAUAUUGUGAACCACAUGAUUAUGAAUACUGUUGUCCUUGUGAGUGGCACCGUACAGAGCAUGAUAGACAACUGAGUGCAGUAGAGAACAGCAUUAAAAAAAAAGCUUGCAGUUGUGAGGGAUUCCCAUUCCAUAAGGUUAUUCAAGAAUUCCUUUCGAACAAGGAUAAAUUGGUGAAGGUAAUCAGGUACCAAAGACCUGAUUUAUUAUUGUUUCAGAGAUUUACUCUUGAAAAAAUGGAAUGGCCUAAUCACUAUGCAUGUGAGAAAUUGCUAGUGCUUUUGACCCACUAUGACAUGAUAGAAAGAAAGCUUGGUAGAAGGAACUCUAAUCAACUACAGCCAAUUCGAAUCCUUAAAACCCGGAUCAGAAAUGGAAUUCAUUGCUUUGAAAUAGAAUGGGAAAAGCCUGAACAUUAUGCUCUGGAAGAUAAACAUGGAGAACUGGUUCUACAAACAAUAGAAGAAGAAUCAUUGUUUGAAGCCGCUUAUCCUGAGAUUGUUGCUGUUUAUCAAAAACAAAACUUAGAACUGAAAGGGAAGAAACAAAAAAGCAUGAAAAUUAAGUCUAAAGAAAGCAAUUGGCUAGAAUCAGAUAAUACGAAGAGUUUCCAGUCACAGAUGACUUUAAACCCCACAUGUGAAGUCUUUUCUAAGCAAAAUUCCAACUUACAUUUGGAAAUUACCCCUGAUCGUGCAUUACCCCAGAAAUCUAUUUCUGCAUCAUUGAAUAGCUUAAUUUUACCUGAAGAUACUCUCUGUUUGAAUACACAAGAGCACUUGGUGUCUUCUCCAAGACCUUUGGCUAUGCAGCAAGUUACAGCUGUCAGUAAGUCUCUAAUUCCAGAAUCUAGUCAACCUAGUACCUCAUCCCAUAACAUAUCAGCGAUUGCUGAUCUACAAUUAAGCACCAUUGACUGGGAAGGUACUUCUUUUAGUAAUUCUCCAGCUAUUCCAAGGAACACUUCCUCUCAUGGUUUAAAAUCAGAACUUGAAACAGCCAUCCCUGAAAAUUUUAAACAUUUCCCAGAAGAAUUAUCAUGUGAAUCAGAAUGGUGCACCACAAACAUUAAUGAAGUGUUGGAUCAGGAUCUUCAAAAGACUAAUCCUGAAGAGCAUCUACUUUCUGGCAUUACUCAUUUACAUCUUCAGGAUUUGCCUUUAAAGGAACGAAUACAUAUAAAAUCAUCAUAUCCUCAGGAUAAUGCACGGCCAAAUGUUGACCUGAAAACUUUAUCCCUACUUACCAUAAAAGAAUCUUGUAUUACUAACAGUGGUUCUGAUUGUCCAUCACAUCUCUCAAAUGAUCUUCUAGGUGUUCAUUUGCAAAAUGAACCUAGAAAAUCUAAAGUUCUAAAAGGAGACCAGCUAUUUCGAGAAAACUAUAAAAUGAAUACUUCUAAAUCUUAUUCUGUCAACAAUCCAAUAGUAAAGACCUCCAGUGUUAGAGCUGGACCACCAAAUACUGCUUUAGAUCAUAGUAGAAAAGUGGAUGUGCAAACCACUCAGAGAAGUGUAAUGAAGAAGAGCGUUUGCCUUGACAGACAUUCCUCUGAUGAAGAAAGUGUCCCAGUGUUUGAGAAAGCUAAAAACACAACUCAAAAAAUGAAGCAUAGUUCUCAGAAGCGUAACCCAGCCCAAUUCGAGAAAGAUGAUGCCAACAAGUUGAAUAACCCUAAAAUAUAUAUGAAAGAAACUGAACAGUGUGUCCAGGCUUAUAAAACAGCUGGAAAUGAAGAAUACUGUUUCCCAGAUGCAGCUAAAGGUUCUCUGAGUUUUCUACAGCGUCAUAAAUACAAAGGUGACUCUGGUACUUCUUUGGAUAGUCCUCUUCCUUUAUGUCAAAGAUUAAAACUAAGGUUCCAAAACUCUUGAAAUGGAAUUAAAAAUAUUUAAGUGUAACUUAGUAUUUUAGUACCAUCAGCACUAGCAGAGGCAGAAUCUCUACAUUUGGCCUAAAAAUGUAAUGUGGUUCUGUGUAUCAUGAGACACUUUCCAUUUCAAUUAAAAUUGUAAUAAAAAAUGUCUAAAAUUUUGGUUUUAAAAGAUGAUCCUUGUGGUUAAAACUUAAAGUAUAUUUUAAAAAACAUACUUUUGACAGUUUAUAUUUUUAUUGAUUUUAAAGUUUUAAA